CAAAUGGAAUCCAGAUAACUUUUACUGCAACUUGUGAACACCUUCCUACAUUUCUUCUUAUGGUCCGGCACUAAUGCGUAACAGCUCUGUGCAACUUUUUCCCCAAACUUAAACAUUUCCAAGACCUUGCUGAGGCAAAGCAAUGGAAAAAUCAUGCACAGCAUCUGACAACCUCAGGCUGUGAUUCAGCACUUGUUAAAAGUUACAAGUGUUUGCUGAAGCCCAAAUAUGCUCACAAGAGUACUUGGUCUGUGUAGCUUACUAGUACUAUGUGGCUUAACAGAAGGACAGUGGUGGAGGAAUUGGUUACCAUGGGGCUCACAGACUACAGUUUCCCCAAUCACUACCAAAGCCACAACUUGGACAACAAGAGUGUCGGCUGUAACUGAAGAUACAAGCACUGUAUCAGUUUCUACCCAGCCAGAAACAAGGGAGUUGGUGACUUCAGCCAUCAUUCUGAAUAACAGCGGCACUCCACCUGAACCUAUUUCAUCUACUGUAGGACUUACAGGUGUCCCAGAAGAAGAAGCAGUUAAAACCCCGAGCGUAGUACAAGAACGCAUUCCUUUACGAAUGAGAGGUCAGCGAAAGAGGAAACCAAAAGAGCGUGGAUCAAAAGGACAUCUUGACCUCACACAGUUGAUUGGAGUUCCCCUGCCACCUUCUGUUUCAUUUAUCACUGGGUACGAUGGAUUUCCAGCUUACAGUUUUGGACCAGGUGUCAACAUUGGUCGUCUCACCAGCAGUUUUGUACCACAACCUUUUUUCAGAGAUUUUGCUGUCACUGUCACUAUCAAGCCGUCCGGAAACGAUGGAGGUGUACUUUUUGCAAUAAUGGAUGCUUUGCAAAAGGUUGUUUACUUGGGUGUGAGUUUGUCAGCAGUUGAAGAUGGAUCUCAACAAAUUAUCAUGUAUUACACUGAAUCUGGGGCUUCCCGGACUCGAGAAGCCGCAUCAUUUAAAGUCGCAGCCAUGGCAAACAAGUGGAAUAGGUUUACAGUCACUGUACGUAACAAUGAUAUUGCUUUAUAUAUGGACUGUGAAGAACACAGCAAAGUCAGAUUUCAGCGGUCAUCUCAACCUUUGCAGUUUGAAUCAGAUUCUGGAAUAUUUAUUGGAAAUGCUGGAAGAGCAAGUCUGGAAAGCUACAGUGGUUUGAUACAACAGCUAGUGAUUAAACCAAAUCCAGGUGCCACUGAAGAACAGUGCGAGGACGACGAACCUUACGUCUCUGGGUCUGGAGAUGGAAGUGGUGAUGACCGUGAAUAUGAUGGCUUUCCGCCUCUUGAACCUGCACCUCCAGUGCCAUUAGGUAAACCAGUCGAGGCACCACCAACUGAGUCACCGGAGAAGGAAGAAGUGGAUUAUUCAGGACAUCCACUGAGCAUCACAACACAAGUGUCUGUACAGGUUGAUAUCCUCCAUGAAGAUCUCACAACAGUGAAAGAGCCAGGUUUGAGUAGCACAUACUAUGAAAGAGAAGACAGUACUUACACUACCACAUUACUGCCUGGAAUGAAAGAAGAAAGUGGAUCUGGAACAGUAGAAAUUCAAGUGGAGAAAGGAGAAAAGGGUGACAUGGGAGAGCCAGGAGAGCAGGGCUUGGAAGAAAUUCGUGUUCCUGGUGUCAAAGGUGAGAAGGGAGAACAGGGAGCAAGAGGGUCACCUGGACCAGAAGGACCAGCUGGUGAAGCAAGCAAAUCAGACAUUCUGCCAAGUGUGGAAGGACCCAUGGGACCUCGGGGACCAGCAGGGCCACAUGGAAAAGAUGGAAAGCCUGGCAUUCCUGGAAAAGAUGGAUUACCCGGUGAAAAAGGAGAACAAGGAUUUCCUGGUCUGCCAGGGGAACAAGGAGCACCUGGAGAAAAGGGCGAACCUGGUAUUGGCAUACAAGGACUUCCCGGACCUCCUGGACCUCCUGGACCACCUGGCCCUACUGGACUAAGAAGAACAGUUGGUUUUGAUGAUGAAGAUAGUUCUGGCUCUGGGGAUGUCGACACCGAAAUUCUUCGGGGUCAGCCUGGAGUGCCAGGGCCUCCAGGCCCACCAGGCCCACCUGGGGAGCCAGGACUACCAGGAAAAUCAGAAAUCAACAUUACAGGACCUCCAGGAAUCCCAGGCCCACCAGGUCAAAAUGGGAAAGAUGGUGAACCUGGUGAACCAGGACCUCCAGGUCCUGCAGGUAUACCAGGACAUAAUGGAACUAUGGGUCCACCAGGAGAAAAAGGACUCAGAGGUGAACAAGGUCUCCAGGGUCCAGCUGGUGCUAAGGGUGAAAAAGGAGACAUGGGUCCAACUGGACUUCCAGGUAAAAAUGGGUCAGAUGGACUUCCUGGACUUCAAGGACUGCAAGGACCACCAGGGCCACCAGGACCUCCCGGUCUCCCAGGACCAGUGCUUAGUGCUGGCUUUGAAGAUAUGGAGAGUUCCGGAAGCAUUCCUCAACUGAGUGCACCUCCAAUUCCUGGACCAAGAGGACAGCCUGGGCCAAAAGGUGAUACUGGUUUUCCAGGUAUCCAAGGACAAAAGGGAGAACAAGGGUCACCAGGAGCUGAGGGACUACAAGGACUUGCUGGCCCCCCAGGAGCAGUGGGACGAAAAGGAGAAAAAGGUGACCAGGGACCAAAGGGAGAGCGAGGACAAGAUGGGAAGAGCAUUCAAGGGCCUCCUGGGCCCCCAGGACCUCCAUCAUAUGUAUCAUUACAAGCUUUGCUGAAUAACGAUACCCUGGGAGCCAUGAAUUUUACUGUCGUUCAAGGAGCACCAGGCCCAGAAGGCAAGCCAGGUCUUCCUGGAUUUCCAGGCCCUAGAGGACCAAAAGGUGAUAUUGGCUUCCCUGGAAUACAUGGACCAAAGGGUGAAAAGGGGGAACCAGGAGCUAUUAUUGCUGCUGAUGGAUCUUUAGUAACUGGAUUAGUAAGGACCAAAGGUGAAAAGGGAGAACCAGGUUUUUUUGGACAACCAGGACCCAUGGGCCCUGUAGGACCAGUAGGACCAAAAGGAGAAUUUGGUUUUCCUGGACGUCCUGGUCGCCCAGGCAUCAAUGGGCGUAAAGGUGAAAAAGGUGACUCUACAGCAACAUUGCCUGGACCACCAGGACAACCUGGCCCCCCUGGGCCCCCCGGACCUCCAGGUAGCAUUACUGGAAUCAGAGGAACAGUUUUUCCAGUUCCUCCCAGACCUCACUGCAAAACACCCGUAGGCACCCCGCAACCAGGUGAGCAAGCAGCUGUAAACCAUCAAGGUCUGAAGGGAGAAAAAGGUUCAAUGGGAUUGCCAGGUACUUUAGGUAACAAAGGUGAAAAAGGAGAAAGGGGCCUUCCAGGACUACCAGGUCAAUCAGUGAACAUUCCUUACUUUGGCAACUACAAUAAUGGCGUAAAGGGUGAAAAAGGAGAUGUUGGUGACCAAGGUCCUAAAGGUGAAAAAGGUGAACCAGGUGGAGGUGAGGGAUUGUUUAUGCCAGGUCCACCUGGACCCUCUGGACCACCUGGAAGACCUGGACUAGUGGGCCCCAAAGGAGACACUGUCAUUGGUCCCAAAGGACCACCUGGAAUACCAGGUCUGCCUGGAUCUCCUGGUCAUGGAUUGCCAGGACCCCCAGGACCACCAGGCCCCCCUGGACCCCCAGGGCCUUUUGAAUCUUCAUCCAUUUUUGGUUCAGCACCUGCACUUCCAGGACCACCUGGUCCCCCAGGGCAGCCUGGCCCACCUGGAACUGGAAACCCGGUCACAACUUUCAAGAAUAAUGAAGUUAUGUUACAGUCAACACAUCUAGUAACAGAAGGCACGUUGAUCUAUUUGUCUGACAGCAAUGAUUUAUGCAUUCGUGUUCGGCAGGGAUGGAAAAAGGUCAAGCUUGGAGACUUGAUACCUCUACCUGCAGAUAGUCCACCACCCCCUGCUCAAGCCAGCCAAGUAUUUUUUUCUUAUCCAGCCUACAAUACACUACCAAAUUAUAAUGGAAGUCCAUCCCUUCGACUGGUGGCUUUGAACUCACCACAGUCUGGAUUCAUGCAAGGCAUCCGCGGAGCAGAUUUCCAGUGUUUUCAACAGGCUCGGGCAGUAGGAUUCAUGACCACAUUCCGAGCUUUUCUCUCCUCCCAUCUUCAGGAUUUAUCCACUGUUGUGAGAAAAGCAGAUGCGGUCAACAUGCCUAUAGUGAACCUUAAGGGUGACAUCCUUUUCAAAAACUGGGAAUCUAUAUUUUCUGGUGAUGGAGGUAGCUUCAACAGGCAAAAAACAAUUUACUCCUUCAAUGGAAAAGAUGUUAUGACAGAUCCAUUGUGGCCACAUAAAACUAUAUGGCAUGGGUCAAGUGGGAAUGGCAUACGACUAAUGUCAAAUUACUGUGAAGCCUGGCGCACAUCGGACAUGGCGGUUACUGGGCAAGGUUCUCCCCUAAAGAGUGGAAAACUACUGGAUCAACAUUCGUACAGCUGCUCUCAUCAAUUUAUUGUUUUGUGUAUUGAAAACAGUUAUAUGGACGGCAUUAGAAGAAAAUAACCACCAGCUAGAUGUUCUUGUAAGAAAUGGUCAAAGAAGUGCCCAGUCAUGUUGGGAAAAGCUGACACUGUAUUUUUUUACUAUUAAUUUUAAUGAUGUAAAUAUUGAUGUCCAAUUAUUGUACAUUUACAAAAAAAUACCAAAGAUAACAUACCUCAGUAGAAUACCCCUUUCUAAAAUCCACUGAUCUGAAGAAAUGUGGUUGCAUUCACACUUCCACUAUCUUCCUUACCUUGGUGCUAAAUUGUGCAAAGAGAAACCACAUUUUUAAACUGAAUGUAUAAAUGAGGGUUGUUUAUUCACACAGUACUGCAACAUUCAUAAACUGUCUAUCAUUAUUCUUGCAGGAUAUUCCUAAACGUUAACAGAAACCAUAAUAAAAUGUAAAAUGGUUUAUUUUAAUAGUUAGAUUCAGAUAGCUGUCUACUAUUAAAUUAUAUGUAAAUGGACUGUAUGUGUAAUUUUAUAUCAACAUGUCAUCUUUUUAUGCAGUUAGUGGUAUCACACCACAGAUGGAAAUUUUCUUAAAGUGGAAGCAAAAACAUAUAUGCCACACUAUUCGUGAUGUUUCCUCAAAAGCAGUAUUAUCAUACAAGAAUGCCUAUUUAUUGUAUUUUGUUUGUUUUCAUGCUGAUGCUCUAACAGUGUCUUCAUAGACUUUUGCUAUAAUGGAAGGUAAUUUUACCUGCUACAAAGCAUUUCCACAAUAUUUUUUAACUAGCUAAGCAAGCCUUCAGUUAUCAACAGUGUUUUUUUCACAACUUACAAAUCCACGUUUUUGAAAACUGACAUAUAGUUUUACCAAGAAAAAACUUUUACUAAUGAAAACUAAGUUCUCAAAUGAAUAAACUUUUUUUUGUAAAUAA